ACUCCCAUAUUUAGGGUGGUUUUAUGAUUAAAGCGCAUAAACUGUUAUUUUUCUAACUAGCUAGCUAGUACAGUUGAGUCAAGAUACAGCAUCUCUAGUCUCUAAGAAAUCAACAAAAAUGGGAAGCAAAUUGGGCGAUACAGCUACCGACAUCGGCAAAGGUGGCAAGUGCGGACAGAUCACACUGGUCAUCAUCAACUUACUGUUUAUUGUUUUGGGUAUAAUCACGUUGGCCAUUGGAGCAUGGGCCAUCGCCAGUGGCAGCUCGUUCUCGUUUCUUACUGGUAGCCAGAUUAUUGGAGGCUCUGCUGUCCUCAUCAUUGCUGGAGGAGCUGCAGUUAUCAUUGCAGCCAUUGGUGUGUUUGGAGCCAUAUGCAAGAACAGACCUCUCCUGUUCAUUUAUGCCGUUGUUGUCUCCCUCAUUGUGAUUGCUGAGAUUGUUGUUGGAAUCGUAGCCUUUAUAUACAGAGAAGAAGUGACCACUGGGAUCCAAAAUGGUAUUGAAGAGAAUCUCAUCGUAAACUACAAUGCUAGCAAUCCAUCAAGUGAUGAAAACUCUAUCGUCAACUUUUUCCAGAGUACUUUCCAAUGCUGUGGAUUCAAUAAUGCUUCUGAUUGGUCGGAAUUGAACGUGGAUGCCAUCAUCAUGAAUAACGGACAUCCCCCUAGGUGUCUCAUGUGUGUGACCGGGCAACAAAACUGUCAAAAUUUUGAAUACAACCAGACCGUUACUGUGGGAGGAGUAACAGUUACUGAGACCAAGUCCUUUAAUACCACAGAUGUGGGCUGUGUAAGUGUGAAUACCAAUGCACUUCUUGCUCUGGCCAUUGGAGCUGGUGUCAUUGGUAUCGUCAUUGGUUUCCUUGAGAUCAUUGGUGUCAUCCUGGCCCUGCUCCUCUGCUGUUGCAUAUCUCGUGCCAAGAAGCAAGAGGUCGUCUAAAUAAACAACUAGAGUAGUAGACAACAUCCAACCAUCUAUCUGUAACUAUCGUAGAUUCUCUAAAUUAUUUUUAGCACUUGUACUUUAAUUAGCUGUGUUCUUCCUUGUGUGUUUUGAUGCUCUGUUUUGUUGUUGAUUGUGACAUGAUAAUAUACACGUGA